AUGCUGCAAGCUAAAAUCAUUGAAGACUUGGAAAACAAAGCAGAACAUCUGAAAUCUGAAUACGACUUAUUUUUUGACAGCAAUGAUUUAUAGCUGUAGAGCGCAGAUUGAUUUCUAUAGAGUUAUUUGCUCUUAUUUCAGAUCAGAUUCGAUGUCCUGCUCUGCUUAGAUGGCCCAUGCCUUUUUGGACAGACUUGUUAAGCCUACUUGAAAAGUUAAGCAGGCCAGAGAUGCCAGAUUUGAUCUUGUAUAGCUAGGGAGCAACCCUAUUGCGAUCUAUGAAUGUAGAUUCCUAUAAUUUCCUAUGCAAGUAGCCUACCAAAUGACUACCCAACCACAGAAAAAUUAUAUAAAUUUAUAUACAGCCUUUAUCAUUACCAUCAUUUCGGGGUGGAGAGCUGUGUAUGCAUGCUAUUUUAUGUUCUAAAAUUUUUAAAGGAAUCAAAAAUUCCGCUAUUCAGAAAAACCUGAAAAAAAAUUUUGAUCACUGCAGCACUAAUUUCUCAAGAGGUUACGAACGAGAACUAUUUGAACAAUUAUGAGUUUGGGCUUAUUUUUGAUAAUCUAUCAGAUUGUGCUCUUUAUGAGAUGAAGAAAGACUACUUAAAUGUGUUGCAUUUGAGCUAUGAAAUUGAUGAGCAAAAGUAUGAAGCAGUGAUUGAUGGGUCGAUCAUAAAUUAUAUAUUAAUAUUUUUUAUAUUUUAA